CCACUGCCACACCCGCCGGUGUGCAGUGCACAUACUCCCAGACACAGAAGUUCGUGCAGGUCCACAGCGGCUGCAGAGCUGUAAUUGUGUACUUGAACGCCUCAAGGAAGUUGCGCGUGUGCACCUGCUGACUUGCUGUGUAAAACGGAAUGGGGCCAUCACACUCCAGUUCAGAGCUGCUGCUGGACGGCGCAGACGACGAGGACGGCGCAGAGCUGCUGCUGGACGGUGCAGACGACGAGGACGGCGCGGAGCUGCUGCUGGACGGCGCGGACGACGAAGACGGCGCGGAGCUGCUGCUGGACGGCGCGGACGACGAGGACGGCGCGGAGCUGCUGCUGGACGGCGCGGACGACGAAGACGGCGCAGAGCUGCUGCUGGACGGCGCGGACGACGAAGACGGCGCGGAGCUGCUGCUGGACGGCGCAGACGACGAGGACGGCGCGGAGCUGCUGCUGGACGGCGCGGACGACGAAGACGGCGCGGAGCUGCUGCUGGACGGCGCAGACGACGAAGACGGCGCAGAGCUGCUGCUGGACGGCGCGGACGACGAGGACGGCGCAGAGCUGCUGCUGGACGGCGCAGAGCUGCUGCUGGACGGCGCGGACGACGAGGAUGGCGCGGAGCUGCUGCUGGACGGCGCAGACGACGAAGACGGCGCAGAGCUGCUGCUGGACGGCGCGGACGACGAGGACGGCGCGGAGCUGCUGCUGGACGGCGCAGACGACGAGGACGGCGCAGAGCUGCUGCUGGACGGUGCAGACGACGAGGACGGCGCGGAGCUGCUGCUGGACGGCGCAGACGACGAAGACGGCGCAGAGCUGCUGCUGGACGGCGCGGACGACGAGGACGGCGCAGAGCUGCUGCUGGACGGCGCAGACGACGAAGACGACGCAGAGCUGCUGCUGGACGGCGCAGACGACGAGGACGGCGCAGAGCUGCUGCUGGACGGCGCAGACGACGAGGACGGCGCAGAGCUGCUGCUGGACGGCGCAGACGACGAGGACGGCGCAGAGCUGCUGCUGGACGGCGCAGACGACGAGGACGGCGCAGAGCUGCUGCUGGACGGCGCGGACGACGAGGACGGCGCAGAGCUGCUGCUGGACGGCGCAGACGACGAGGACGGCGCAGAGCUGCUGCUGGACGGCGCAGACGACGAGGACGGCGCAGAGCUGCUGCUGGACGGCGCGGACGACGAGGACGGCGCAGAGCUGCUGCUGGACGGCGCAGACGACGAGGACGGCGCAGAGCUGCUGCUGGACGGCGCGGACGACGAGGACGGCGCAGAGCUGCUGCUGGACGGCGCGGACGACGAGGACGGCGCAGAGCUGCUGCUGGACGGCGCAGACGACGAGGACGGCGCAGAGCUGCUGCUGGACGGCGCAGACGACGAGGACGGCGCAGAGCUGCUGCUGGACGGCGCAGACGACGAGGACGGCGCGGAGCUGCUGCUGGACGGCGCAGACGACGAAGACGACGCAGAGCUGCUGCUGGACGGCGCAGACGACGAGGACGGCGCAGAGCUGCUGCUGGACGGCGCGGACGACGAGGACGGCGCAGAGCUGCUGCUGGACAGCGCGGACGACGAGGACGGCGCAGAGCUGCUGCUGGACGGUGCAGACGACGAGGACGGCGCGGAGCUGCUGCUGGACGGCGCAGACGACGAGGACGGCGCGGAGCUGCUGCUGGACGGCGCGGACGACGAGGACGGCGCAGAGCUGCUGCUGGACGGCGCGGACGACGAGGACGGCGCGGAGCUGCUGCUGGACAGCGCAGACGACGAAGACGGCGCAGAGCUGCUGCUGGACGGCGCAGACGACGAGGGCGGCGCAGAGCUGCUGCUGGACGGUGCAGACGACGAGGACGGCGCGGAGCUGCUGCUGGACGGCGCAGACGACGAGGACGGCGCAGAGCUGCUGCUGGACGGCGCGGACGACGAAGACGGCGCGGACGACGAGGACGGGGCAGACGACGAGGACGGCGCGGAGCUGCUGCUGGACGGCGCGGACGACGAGGAUGGCGCGGAGCUGCUGCUGGACGGCGCAGACGACGAAGACGGCGCAGAGCUGCUGCUGGACGGCGCAGACGACGAGGACGGCGCGGAGCUGCUGCUGGACGGCGCGGACGACGAGGAUGGCGCGGAGCUGCUGCUGGACGGCGCAGACGACGAAGACGGCGCAGAGCUGCUGCUGGACGGCGCAGACGACGAGGACGGCGCGGAGCUGCUGCUGGACGGCGCAGACGACGAGGACGGCGCGGAGCUGCUGCUGGACGGCGCCGACGGGGCAGACGACGAGGACGGCGCAGAGCUGCUGCUGGACGGCGCAGACGACGAGGACGACGCAGAGCUGCUGCUGGACGGCGCGGACGACGAGGAUGGCGCGGAGCUGCUGCUGGACGGCGCAGACGACGAGGACGACGGAGAGCUGCUGCUGGACGGCGCAGACGACGAGGACGGCGCAGAGCUGCUGCUGGACGGCGCGGACGACGAGGACGGCGCGGAGCUGCUGCUGGACGGCGCAGACGACGAGGACGGCGCAGAGCUGCUGCUGGACGGCGCGGACGACGAGGACGGCGCAGA